UCCUCAACUCCGCCGGUGGGAGGGGAGGGAGGGACACACACACACACAUUAGAUACCAGAUGAGAUUUGUUCCUAAACGCGCACCGAUGGCGGUGUGAGGCGUUUUGCUCGAGAAGUACGCACGGCGCUGUGGAUUUCUGGACAAUUUUUGUGCAUCUUCUCACCCCCCACCCCCGGUCCGGACCCUGUGUUUUUUAUUUUUAGCGUGGGGGAAAACAUAAACACAACACAAUGGAUUACUCAGUCUGUCUUCUCUUACUAUUGACAACCAUUUCGUCUGUGUCGACCGGACAAUUCCCAACAGCGCAGAUGAUAAAAGACUGGGUGGACCAGAUGCAAAAAGAUUUGAUCACAUUAACAGACACAGCGAGCGGCAUGCAAAACCUAAUACAGAUAUAUCACAAACACAGAACUCACUUCAGUGUGGAGUCCAACAAUGCGAGGGAACUGGUGGCAACGGCUGCAGGGAACAUAGAGAGACUGCUGGCUAACCGCUCCAGAGCCCUAAAGAAGCUGGCAAUGGAAGCAGAGAGGUUUCAGGUGGAACACGAGUGGCAGGACGACAGCGAGGCCGACAAAAUAGUUUACUACAAUGCCAAAGAUGACCUCAACCAGACAGAAAAGAAGAACCGCUACGUUCCGGAUGAUUUCCACACGGACCCCGACUUCAAGCGGCCCGUCUCCUACAACACCACGGCCGUCCACAUCCCCACUGAUAUAUACGAAGGCUCUACCAUCAUUUUGAAUGAACUCAACUGGACGGAGGCCUUAGAAGAUGUUUUCCGGAAAAACAAAGAGGAAGACCCUUCACUCCUCUGGCAGGUGUUUGGCUCUGCCACCGGACUGGCUCGAUAUUAUCCAGCGUCCCCUUGGAUCGACUCGAGCAAUUCGGCCAACAAGAUUGACCUCUACGAUGUUCGCAGGCGGCCAUGGUACAUUCAGGGGGCGGCGUCACCUAAGGACAUGCUGAUCCUGGUGGAUGCGAGUGGGAGUGUGUCAGGUCUUACCCUCAGACUCAUCAAAACGUCUGUCAACAAGAUGCUGGAGACCCUCUCCGACGACGACUAUGUGAAUGUGGUUUAUUUCAACGAGAAGGCCUCGUAUGCCGCGUGCUUUCAGAACCUGGUGCAGGCCAACGUCAGGAACAAGCGGAUCCUAAAAGAAGCCGUGAAGAACAUCACCGCUAAGGGCAUCACCAACUACAAAGGCGGCUUCGAGCUGGCCUUCGAGCAGCUCGCGCAGACCAAUGUGUCAAGGGCCAACUGUAACAAGAUCAUAAUGCUCUUCACCGAUGGAGGUGAGGAGAGGGCAGAGGAGAUAUUUAAGAAGUACAACCCAAAGCAGGCGGUGCGCAUCUUUACAUUUUCCGUAGGUCAGCACAACUACGAUAAAGCGCCGAUACAGUGGAUGGCCUGUGAGAAUAAAGGCUACUACUAUGAGAUCCCAUCUAUAGGCGCCAUUAGGAUAAACACUCAGGAGUACCUGGACGUCCUGGGCAGGCCGAUGGUUAAGGCCGACAAGAAGGCAAAGCAGGUUCAGUGGACCAACGUCUACCUGGAUGCACUGGAGCUUGGCCUGGUGAUCACUGGGACUCUCCCCGUCUUCAACAAGACUGGCACAGGCUCAAAGAAGUCUCAAAACCAGCUCAUCUUGGGGGUUAUGGCUAUUGAUGUCUCCCUGGAAGAUAUUAAGAGGCUGACUCCUCGGUUUACUUUUGGACCAAAUGGCUACUACUUCGCAAUUGAUCCCAACGGAUACGUGUUGCUCCACCCUAAUCUUCAGCCACUGACUGCCAAGUUUCAUGAGCCUGUAACGCUGGACUUCCUGGAUGCAGAGCUAGAGAACGACAUCAAAGUGGAGAUAAGAAAACAAAUGAUUGACGGAUUAACGGGGAAUUACACCAUAUCUACACUGCUCAAAUCUCAGGAUGAGCGCUACAUCGACGAAGGUCCAAGGACGUACACCUUCGCACCAGUGAAGGGGACAGACUACAGCCUGGCUCUGGUACUUCCCGAGUACAGCAUGCAUUACAUCCGUGCCACAAUUGGCGACACAAUCACCCAGGCAAAAUCAUUUUUGGGGAAAGAUGUUUCCGAGAGCCUGCUCGCAGACAAGUUCGAUGAAUACGGCUACACGUUUAUUGCACCGAGGGUUUAUUGUAAGGACUUGAAACCACCUGACAAGAACACAAACAACACCGAGUUCCUCAUGGAGUUCAACGAUUACAUCGACACAAAGACUCCAAACAACCCCAUGUGUAACGUGGAGCUGGUGAACCGGUUGCUCCUGGAUGCUGGUAUCACCUCAGAUCUGAUCAAGAUUUGGAAAGGCAACGAGCUGCAGCAGGGUGUCUUGGCCAGAUUUGUUGCCACUGAUGGAGGGAUCACACGAGUCUACCCCAAGAGUGCUGGACUGUACUGGAAAGAAGAAGCUGAGACGUAUGAGUCAAGUUUCUACAAGAGAAGUCUGGACAAUGAUCUUUAUAUCUUCACUCCGACACCCUACCUGGCUAAAGAAAACAGUACAAGUGACGACUCAGUCCUAGUGAGCCGAGCAGUAAACCUCAAGGUUGACGAUGUCGUACUCAAACCAGCUGUGGUCGGUGUGAAGUUGGACAUCAGUGCGUGGAUGGCGAGGUUCAUUAACACCACAUACAGGAUGAAUUGCAAUGACGAGAUCUGUGGCUGUGAGAAGAACAAUGAGUACAUAGACUGUGUCAUUCUGGAUGACGGUGGCUUCCUGGUGAUGUCCAAUCAGGAUGACUAUAUUCCUCAGAUCGGCCGUUUCUUUGGCGUUAUCGACCCCGUCCUCAUGAAGAACCUGGUCAACUCGUCGCUGUUCACCUCCAAGAGCACCUACGACUACCAGUCGCUCUGUGACCCCGUGAAAAAGAGCAAGGCGGCUGCAGGCCUGCGAUCCGUCUACGUGCCGACCAUCGCUGACAUUUUGAAUUUGGGAUGGUGGGCGACAGCUGCAACCUGGUCAAUACUGCAGCAGUUGCUGGUCAGCAUCACAUUCCCCAAUUUCCUGGACGCAGCUGAAAUGGAUGAUGAAGUGUCAGAUGCCAUGCUCAAGGAGGUCUGCAUCACCGAGCAGACUCAGUACUUCUUCGAGACCGACAGCCCGUCUUUCCGGGGCUCAGUCGACUGUGAGAACUGCUCCAGGCUCUACCAUGCUGAAAAGCUGCCCAAGACGAACCUGGUCUUCAUCAUAACUGAUGCAAAAGGCACCUGCACAUCAUGUGACACGAAGCCGUUAAUACAGGACGAACAGCAAUCUGAUGGGCCCAAUCCGUGCAAAAUGGCCCUAAAUCCUCGGUACAGGAAAGGGCCCGCGGUUUGUUUUGACAAUAACGAAAAGGAGGAUAAGCCCGACUGCGGCAGGGGGUCCGGCCUGAGUCCCUCUCUCUGGCUCACGGUGGCUGUUCAGCUGGUGCUGCUCUGGGUUGUGACUGACUCAAGAAGCCACGCCAUCCCGUCAUGACCUCUGAGCAGCCAGAUCGCACCGUUAACCUCCGUCCCUCCAUACUUCCGACAUGGCAACCAGCGUGCAGCGCUGCCACCAAAACGGCGAACGCCCCCUGACGAGGAGCGCUUCUAACGGACAAACAAACAACAACAACAAAAAAAAAUCAACCUGUGAGCCCCACAUCCUGCCAGUUUCUUCCUUUGAUGCCUUUUAUUUUCAGGGGUUUCUCAAAGCGAUUUCAAAAGUGGCGUAAGAAAUGUAUACCACAAGAUAUUGAUUUAAAUGAUGAGAAAGACCUUUGUUCGCCAGCUGAGGUUAGAGGAAUUCAGUCAUUCGUUUUGAUUGGCGACUUCUGAACUUUAUCUCUGGCUUGAUGUCAACGAUGAAAGAGAUUGGACUGCCUUACAGUAUCGGAGGGAUUUAAAUCACGAUGGGGGUGACUUGCUGUUUAUUGACGAUAUUGAGGAGUUGUAGUCACCACUGCCAGAAACAUGUCCUUCGCUAAAGUCGCAAGAGUAUAGUUUAUUUUGAAUGAAUUUGCAGUGGUUAGUUAUUAGGUAUUUAUUGUUUUUGGGUCGGGAGUUUGGCUAAGAUUUUUUGAAGCAAAGAGAUGCCAAACCGUUCCAUCACAGGCCCUCAGUUUGCCUCAGCUAAAUUGCCGUUGAUUAUGACGCCUCGGUCCGAUUUUUAGAUUCCCGGAACCCUUUUCACAGUGGCAUUUUCACGGCAUCGUCUUCACUUCUUCGCUGUGCUGUUCGUUCAUGUAGAUACUGUAUUUGCAGUGUGGAAACCAUGUUCAUUGUCAUGUUUAUGCACAAAAGCCAACCUUUUUAACUGCCACAGAGCGCUUGCUUCUGAGUGUACGGAUUUUAACUUUGUAGCUCGUCGCCUACCAAUCAGUCCCGAUCAGGAGUGGUACAAGAAUCUGGGCUUUUCUGCGUUGGUGUUGCAUUGCUCCGAUUAAAAAAAAUAAAAUAAAAAACUUUGUUGCCAUAUAGCACGCAAUUAAUCCAAUUAGGGUUAAGCCUGGCUGGUGUCCUGUGAGUGAUCUGUGGAAGAAAUCUCUAGUGCCAUGUGGACUGUUUGUCAAACUCUUCGUAGACUGUGGCUGCCGGAAAGUGGAAAGAAGAAGUGUAUUAUUCAAUUAUUUUACUUUUUAUUCUUUAUUUAAAUGAAGCGUCAUAAACUGCUGUUUGUUUAAUUGCCACGAUGAAAGAAAUAAGGGGUUGCAGGGGAAAUCUGUGUGACAUUUUGGUCGGGGAAAAAAAUGUUACAUUUGUAUUCACUGUUGUCACUUUUCAAAUUAAAUGACUACUAUCUGCACUGCA